UCGUAAAAUCAAUAUACUUAUUUUCGGCAGUUAUUGCAAUACUGCGAAAUUGAAGAGACAGUGGAUGCUCGUAAGAGGGAUGCAGAAGUGUUUGACUCUUUCAGUAUGAUGACGAACACUUGGCAAUGAACAAGGCAAUAUGUGUGAAAUUCUACAUAUCGUCUGAAAUCAAGACAUGAAUGUUACAUGCUGAAACUCGAAAAUGGGAAAGAAAGACAAAAGAGAUAAAGAGGAACGGAGAGCCAAUAAAAGAGCAAAGCUUGAGCAUACAGAAUACGUUGAGGAAGAUGAAGAGGACACUAAAGAUGCUGACAAAGGAAUCCCCAAAGCAGCGACACAAAACAUUACAGAAGAAACAAAAGAGGAUGAGUUUGGGGCGAAAGACUAUCGUCCGAUGCUUGACCUCAAGUUGGACCAUGGAUCAAGACCUCUCUGGGUGGGACCAAAUGGGCAUAUCUUCUUAGAGUCAUUCUCACCUGUGUACAAACAUGCCCAUGACUUCUUGAUUGCCAUAUCUGAGCCCGUUUGCAGGCCUCUUAAUAUCCACGAAUACAAGCUUACUCCCUACUCUCUGUAUGCUGCAGUAUCUGUGGGAUUGGAGACUAAGGAUAUUAUUGAGUAUCUUCGGCGUCUCAGUAAGACCACUUUGCCUACUGGUAUAGAGGAAUUUAUAAAGUUGUGUACUCUCAGCUAUGGCAAAGUAAAGCUGGUUUUGAAGCACAACCGAUACUAUGUGGAAAGUCAACAUCCGGAAGUAAUCCAGAAGCUGCUGAAGGACCCUGUCGUCCAAGAGUGUCGUUUUAGAGCGGAACAAACGGACGAACUGGUCGAGGGCCAAGUAUCCACAAAGUCUGCAUUACAGUUGAACAAGCCUUCCAAUGGAGCUGUAUGUUCAUCAUCAGCUGAUCCCAUACCAGGUCCAUCAGGCUCGGGGGAGGGUGGAGAGGAAACAGAACAGCCGACUGUUCCAAAUGAUAUCUUUGAUUACUAUGAUAAGAUGGACAAGGACGAAGAUGAUGACCUUGAGGACACGAAAACUGUGUCGUUUGAGGUCAAACAGGAAAACAUUGAAGAAAUACAAAAAAGGUGUAUAGAACUGGAAUAUCCCCUACUAGCAGAGUAUGACUUCAAGAAUGAUACACACAACGCUGAUAUAAACAUGGACCUCAAGCCAUCCACAGUGUUACGACCUUAUCAAGAGAAAAGUCUAAGGAAGAUGUUUGGAAAUGGCCGAGCCCGCUCUGGAGUUAUUGUCCUCCCUUGUGGUGCUGGUAAGACUCUGGUAGGUGUGACCGCGGCCUGUACUAUCAGGAAGCGGUGUCUGUGUCUGGCCACUUCAGGUGUGGCUGUGGAACAGUGGCGCUCUCAGUUUAAAAUGUGGUCAACAGCAGAUGACAGCAUAAUUUGCAGAUUCACAUCUGAUGCCAAAGACAAACCAAUUGGCUGCUCCAUCUGCAUCAGUACCUACUCUAUGUUGGCACACAGCCAGAAGCGGUCCUGGGAGGCUGAGAAGGUGAUGGAGUGGAUGCAGAGUCAGGAGUGGGGACUCAUGGUCCUAGAUGAGGUACAGACCAUACCUGCUAAGAUGUUCCGGCGAGUUUUGACCAUUGUGAAUGCCCACUGUAAGCUUGGAUUGACUGCAACACUGGUCCGAGAGGAUGACAAAAUCGCUGACCUAAACUUCCUGAUUGGACCAAAAUUGUAUGAGGCCAAUUGGAUGGAGCUACAGAACAAAGGCUACAUUGCAAGGGUGCAAUGUGCAGAGGUUUGGUGCCCUAUGACCCCGGAAUUUUAUAGAGAAUACCUGAAUACAAAAUCAAUGAAGAAAAUGCUGCUUGCUAUCAUGAAUCCAAACAAGUUCCGGUCCUGUCAGUUCCUGAUACGCUACCAUGAGCGUCGUAACGACAAAAUCAUCGUGUUCUCGGACAAUGUAUUUGCCCUGAAAAACUAUGCCAUCCGACUGAACAAACCCUACCUGUAUGGACCUACAUCACAGGGGGAGCGCAUGCAGAUCCUACAGAACUUCCAACACAACCCCAAGGUCAACACAAUCUUUGUGUCAAAAGUUGCAGAUACAUCAUUUGAUUUGCCAGAGGCAAAUGUCCUGAUUCAGAUCUCAGCCCACGGUGGUAGUCGUCGACAAGAGGCCCAGAGAUUGGGCAGGAUUCUCAGGGCAAAGAAAGGUGCAGUUGCUGAGGAAUACAAUGCCUUUUUCUACUCGCUGGUCACUCAGGAUACCAUGGAGGUGCAUUACUCGUUGAAACGUCAGAGGUUCCUCGUCAACCAAGGUUACAGUUACAAGGUUAUCACAAAGUUUGCUGGUCUGGAGGAGGAGACCUUGGCCUAUAAGACCAAGGAUGAACAGAUGCAACUGUUACAGAAGGUGUUGGCAGCCACAGAACAGGAUGCUGAGGAGGAGCUGGGCGCUGGAGAUGGGCUUAGACCUCAGAUGGCGAGGAAGGCAGGCAGCAUGAGCUCCAUGUCGGGGGCUGAUGAUGCUAUAUACAUGGAGUACAGAAACAGGAAGGGACGUUCUGAUAACCUACACCCACUGUUCAAAAAGUUCAGGACAAAAUAGAUACAAACUAUAGACUGAAAGCGAGACUAAGGUGUUGCUUUUCCAGCGACGGCGUCAACAUGAGUUUUUUGCAUUUAAGUUAGUUUCUCUGAAAGUAUAAGUGUUACACCAACUGAACUUGGACCAUAGAUGCAUCUUGGUUAGUACAUCUCAACCCAUGUAUCAAAUGCUGGAUGCGACCUACCUUUCAUGGUCCUUUGACUUUGUCAGCAUCUCCAUCAACAUUAAGUUUUUGUGUUUAAGUUAGUUUCUCUGAUAUGUGCACUGAUGGUCAAAGCGGGGCAUAGGCGAGACAUAUCAACUGAAUGGCUUGUUUACAAAAUAAAUGUGCGAAGGGCAGACAAUGCUUGACUAGACUUUGUGAGAUAAGUUGAAGAAAAGAGAACGUUUUGUGGUUACACAAUCAAAGGAGGUCGUUUACAUCAACUUAUCAGAGAUAUCUCGUCUGGUCAUUUAUUAUGAGCCUGACCUUCAGGUAUCUGAUUCAUUUGUUUAUUCUUGUCAAGUAUCUACACUGUUAGCCCGUUUUGACUGGAUGUCUUUGAAGAAAUGUACUUAAAUCAAGCUCUUGUAUGAAGUUUACUAUUGAGUCAAGUCUUACUUAAGUCGUGUUUCAGUUUUAAAAGUGCUGUUUUGUUUGAUAUUGUUUUUCUAAAGAAAAUUUAAUGGAUCAUAAA